GGUCAGUGUUGAACUAGCAAUCGCGGACGAAAUUCAAACUGCGGAAAGCGACUCAAGCGAGCGUCAAGCGUUAUAUUUCGUGUUGUAAAAGUGUCUAUUUACCUCUCAAGUGUACGCUAAGUUAUUGCGUGUGUUCCAUCGUGUAAUUGUGUGUGCCUCAAACUCCAACUUACACGCGCCGUUUUGAACAAUCUUCUUUCGUUGAGUGAAGUGUAAAUCAGAUCAGUGAAAAAAUGGUGAAAGCACCCGCUAUCGGAAUUGACCUCGGCACCACCUACUCGUGCGUGGGUGUGUGGCAGCAGGGAAAAGUGGAAAUUAUCGCCAACGACCAAGGAAAUCGCACCACGCCGAGUUACGUCGCAUUUUCGGACACGGAGCGGCUGAUCGGCGAUGCGGCCAAGAACCAAGUCGCCAUGAACCCACAGAACACAAUUUUCGAUGCCAAGCGUCUAAUCGGCCGUCGCUAUGAUGAUCCGAAAAUUCAAGACGACAUGAAGCACUGGCCGUUCAAAGUCAUCAACGACUGUGGGAAACCCAAACUUCAAGUCGAGUUCAAAGGCGAAACGAAAACCUUCGCCCCCGAAGAAGUCAGCUCCAUGGUCCUCACCAAGAUGAAAGAAACAGCCGAAGCAUUUUUGGGCGGCCAAGUCAAAGACGCGGUCAUCACUGUUCCAGCCUACUUCAACGACUCACAGAGGCAAGCGACCAAAGAUGCCGGUGCCAUUGCCGGACUCAAUGUUUUGCGGAUCAUCAACGAGCCCACUGCCGCAGCCCUUGCCUAUGGUCUGGACAAGAACCUGAAAGGUGAGCGUAACGUUUUAAUUUUCGACCUUGGCGGUGGCACAUUCGAUGUCUCCAUCCUGACAAUCGAUGAAGGCUCAUUAUUCGAAGUUCGUGCCACUGCUGGAGACACUCACCUUGGAGGCGAGGACUUCGACAAUCGUCUUGUGAACCACCUAGCGGAGGAAUUCAAACGCAAGUACCGUAAAGAUCUUCGCGGCAACAACAGAGCACUCCGGCGUCUACGAACAGCUGCCGAGCGGGCCAAACGAACUCUUUCCUCCAGCACAGAGGCCAGCAUUGAGAUCGAUGCACUCAUGGAUGGCAUUGACUACUACACCAAAGUGUCCCGUGCCAGGUUCGAAGAACUUUGCUCUGACCUCUUCCGCUCAACCCUCCACCCAGUUGAGAAAGCCCUGGCUGAUGCGAAAAUGGAUAAAGGCUCCAUUCAUGAUGUCGUCCUUGUAGGGGGCUCCACUCGCAUUCCCAAGAUCCAAUCUUUGCUUCAGAACUUCUUCUGUGGAAAAACUCUAAACCUCUCUAUCAACCCGGACGAGGCGGUGGCCUACGGAGCAGCAGUCCAGGCGGCAAUUCUUAGCGGCGACACCAGCUCAGCAAUUCAAGAUGUUCUCCUGGUGGAUGUGGCGCCUCUAUCUCUCGGCAUUGAAACUGCUGGUGGCGUCAUGACCAAAAUAGUCGAGCGCAAUGCACGUAUUCCAUGCAAGCAGUCUCAGACCUUCACGACGUAUUCAGAUAACCAACCAGCUGUCACCAUCCAGGUCUAUGAAGGUGAGCGAGCAAUGACGAAGGACAACAAUCUACUCGGCACCUUCGAUUUGACAGGCAUACCACCAGCUCCACGGGGUGUGCCAAAGAUUGACGUCACGUUCGAUCUUGAUGCCAACGGUAUCCUCAACGUUUCGGCCAAGGAAAACAGCACGGGUAAAUCCAAAAAUAUCGUCAUCAAGAAUGACAAAGGACGACUGUCGCGAGAAGAAAUCGACCGCAUGGUGAACGAAGCGGAGAAGUACAAAGAGGAGGAUGAGAGACAACGCGCCAAGAUAGCUGCCAGGAAUCAAUUGGAAAGCUAUGUAUUCAACGUCAAACAAGCAGUUGAUGAGGCAGGAGAUAAGCUUCCCGAGUCGGACAAACAGUUGGUGCGCGAUGAGUGCCAAGCCGCGCUCUCCUGGCUGGACAACAACACCCUCGCCGAUGUGGAGGAAUUCAACUACAAGCUCCAGGAGGUUCAGAAGAAGUGCUCGCCCAUCAUGAGCAAGAUGCACGGUGCAGGUCAAGGAGGCAUGCCUGGAGGAAUGGGAGGUAUGCCCGGAGGAAUGGGAGGCAUGCCUGGAGGAUUCCCUGGAGGCAUGCCCGGACAAGGAGGACAAGGCCCAACUGUUGAAGAAGUGGACUAAACUCAUCAUUCCAGAAAUACAUGCAACAUGAGACAUAAUCUAAUUGUUUGCAGUUUAUCCGUAAAUUGCAUCAAAGAGGUGAUAUUCAUUUUGCUUAUACUAAGUAUUUAAUCAAAUCUAGUCAUGUUUUACGAGUUUUGAGCUCUAAAUCAAUUGAAACGCAUUAUUUUUGUAAAUAUUGUAAAUAAUCUGAAGAUUAGUGAUUUCUCAACUUCAAUGAACAUUCUUGUGCUACUCGAGCACAUUUUUCCGCAUUGGAUCCAUCCAUGCCGAUAAUUUUUGUGAAGACUGAUUAUUGUUAAUUUUAAUUUAUUUAAUAAAUGAAGACCUAGACAAUGGUCAAAUUUGAAAA